GUUGUAACAUCAUCGACAUAGACCUAAUUAUUUAAUUAUCACUUUUAAAUUCAGAUCAAUAGACAGCUUGGAAAUAAUUAAAUUAUUGUCACGCUUCUUUUCAUUUUUAAUCUUUAAUAAUACGACAUUUGCGACCGGCCGCUAUUUUGUUUGCAGACGACAAUUUUAACUGUGUAUUCAAAGUGCACAGUGUCUGCGCAUGAAUUACCGAAUAUUACUCCAUAGCUCCACCCAUUUUUACAUUUCAUUCAACAACGUUAUUUCAUGUGUAAGCGAGCUCAAUGUUGAUUGGCCAGCUAGCAUGCGCACUUCAAUAACAAUAAGGUCAAGCAAUGUCUCGUAUACAGGUGCAGACCGGUUUUUGUUCACUGUUCAAAUUGCGAACACUUUCAUUGAAACAAAGAGAAAAAUAUAGAAAACCAAUCCAGGUUUAAAUGGUGGCUGUUUUCAAUGAAAUUUUACGAGAUUUUAGCAUUUUCGCCAUCAGAUUUUUUUCCAUGGACCAAAAAAUCGUUAGGGUCGGGGGCAAAAAAUAGGGUCGGUCGGGUUCCCUGAACCAAGACUAUUUUUUUUUUGGGCCUAAUCACACUUACAGGUCAGUUGUUGAAUACUAGUAUGAAGAUUUAACAGCUGGACCUGACUGUAACUUUCCGAUGAGUCUGGAUAUGUUAAAUGAAUAACUGAAAACAAACAAAAACUUAAAUAUUUACUCCCAAAAUCGUCAAGGUAUUAAUUCAAUCAUGUAUUACCGUAACCUUUCAGAUCUGGAGGUUAGUUGUAAAAAUCGGUUGGGCUGUAAAGGAAAUACAUUUAUUAAUAGAGUAAAGCGUCUGGAAUGCAUUGUAAUGAUAAUUUUUAAAGUACGUGUAUUUUCUUACAAGGCAUUUAAAAGUGAUAUUAUAGGCAUUUUUCACUGUUAAUUUGAGCUGAAAAGAAUUAACAACCAAAAGAGUUAGUUAAAAUGUGGUUACCGACCAAUUAUCUGCAAUUCAUCUUUCUUCUAAUUGUUUAUAAAAAUAUAUAUUAUAUUCGAUAUUUUACAUGAGUCACCCAGUCCUCUAAGCCGAAAUGAUACGUUCAACAAAAUAGUGUCCUUGUGUCGUAUGAACGAAUCUGCACUAGAACUAAAUUUAGAUUCACAUUGAAAUCGAAUCAUUUUCAUGUUCAAAUGCAUUAUUUUUCUCUUUCCGGGAUAUUGUUUUAGCAUUAUAGUAUGUUGAUGCUGCAUUAACAAAUAUUAUUGUAUAUGAAGUGAAAACACCACACAUGAAAUAAAAACGGUUGCGAUAUACACCUAUAAAUUGUGAGAUGCCCAUAAUAUAACUUUAAAUAGGCUGAACAGUAUUUAAGCCUGACAGACACAGAGGAAUCGCGUUAUAUCUGACCCGAAGAGGUCCCGGAUUGGAAUCCUAUGACUUUCAUUCAACUAUUUUACUUGACAUUAUAAUUAUUACAGAAUACGCCACACAUGACAGUAUGUUUUGGUAAAUUGAUUUAACGACACUUUCAAUACCAAAAUUACAACCUACGCACAGAGAUUUGUCUGGAACAAGCACUUUUUAAAAUAAGAAUUUCAACGAGUACAUAACAUACAGAUUUUUGCUGCUUAUGGCAGUGUGAAAUACACCAGAAUUACUUUAUUUAAUAAGUCUGCGUUCUUGUUUAACAAUGCAUUGUGCACUGCACGGCUAUGCACGGUUAUACUAAACGCAACUUGAAAGUUUGUCACCGAUUUCAGACGUAUUCAAGGAUGUAUUCAUAUACCUUAAUUAAGAUAUCGGCACAAACUGCAAGGAUACUUGUCUUUAUGCACUUAAAAUUUUUUCACAUAUAUUUCAAUAACUUCAGAUAUUUGAACAAAUAAAGUUCUUAACGGCGUGUUCACAUUCUUCCAGCCUGGAGCAAGACUGCCACUGAUUUGUUCUCAAUUUGUGGCUAAAUGGAUAAAAGAUCAAGCCUACGAAACAAGAGAGAAUGGCGUGAAUGGAAUACAUCCGUGUCAUUGUGUAUUUUUUGUAAUCUUGUUCUCCAUCUGAAAUUUAAAUAUAUGAAGAUCAUCCUAUUUGCUAGAAAGGUAAUUCGGAAAGUUAACACUUAUUCUUCCCAACCGGAUCCCCUUCCCGUCCCUUACAUGCCCACUCAUUUUGGCCCAAAUAUUCACAUCUCUCAUCUUGUCUAGCACUCCAAUGGUCGAACAAUCAUAAAAAAUCGUUUUCUUAUCAUGCUUGUAGAUGAAUAUUUGCAACAUAAACAUGCCAGUAUCUGUGCUUUUACCAUUUAAAUUAUACUAAUUCCAAUUCCGAAAGGAUCCCAUUAUAAUACUGCAAACGUUUAAAGCAUUUUUUUAGCCUUUCUUUUUCCUAUUGCAAGCCUGGCAUUAUUUUAACGAUCGAUAUGUUGUUUCAUUAAUUUCAAUAAAAGGGCAUGUCAUGCGAAUGCAGACACCAGUACAAACAUCGUUUUGGCAGCCAUAUUUCGACAAAGCAUUUCUCGACAAAAGCCCCAUACAACAGAAAACACAGAAGAAUGCAAUUUACGUCAUAAAAAUACUCAAGAUACAUAUAGGUUAUUAUAAUAGCCACAUAUUACAAGUCUAAAAUUGUAAAAUUGCUUUUAUGCAAGAAGAGAAAAAAACUCUUUAGAAAUUACGAACUACUGAGGGAUAUUCGAUGUUUUAGUUGAAUGUAACCUAAGAUGGCGUCGUUUGUCAACGCGUUUAGUGAACGAACAUAAAACAUACAUUUUAGUAACGAAUAUAAAGCUUAUAAUGUAAUGACACAGUUGAUGUACAUGUACAGAGGGCACUUUGGCAACCAAGGAGCUCAAGCAUCUCAGGCAAGAGAAAUAGAGCUUGAGCCAGUCGCUGUACAUUCACGGAACUCCAUCCUGUCUAUGCGGACGCGACUGUUGUUGGAACAGUUAGUGACCAGCAGAACUGUUACUCAAGCCAAACACUUUACACUAUACUGGCCCCCUCCUGUUUGGGUGGAAGUGGCAGUGGUUGGGAUAGUUAUCUAGUAAGCAGCAGAAAACUCGAGUCAGACACUGGACAUGUACUGACAUCCAAACUGUCUAGGUGAAAGUGACUGUGUUGGAAUAGUUGUCUAGUAGGCUACAUAAAUAUAAUUCUCAGCUAGACAUGUACUUACCUUCCUCUUGUUGAGAUAAAAGUGAUUGUGGUUAAAACAGUUGUAUAAUGAGCAGUGGGACUGUAACUCAAUCCAAACACUUGACCCUAUAUUUACCAACCUUAUGUUAAAGUGGAAGUAACAGUGCCUGGAAUAGUUGUCAAGUCAAGAAUUACAAGCCGCAAGGUCGCAAAGUCGGGUCAGCAAGUGCAGUAAAAUGACCCCAAUUUCGGAGCUGACCAACUCCCAGCCCACAGACCUACAGGGACUGUCAGAGGAGCUGGAAACUGUCAUGGGGGGAAUCAAAAGCCUACAGAUAAAUCAGGAGGCCAGUGUUCAGUCAUUGCAGAGAACAUACAAGGAACAUGGGGCAGUCAUGAUAGAACAAUUGCAUGGCAAUUUAAAUACUAAUAUAGAUAAGUGUUGUAAUAGUUCUGUGGGUACAUCAAACAAAAAUUUAAAAGAGGAAAUGUGUUGGAGUGUUCUUUCUAUCUUGAAUGAAUUUGAUAAUAUUACUGUGAAGGAACUAAAUAAGAUGAAAGAUGAAGUUAUAAGCAUAAAAGGGUCAAUUACAAGUUCUAUUCAUAAAUGCACCAGUCUUCACAAUGACUUGUUGCAAUUUCUUGAAAUCGUUCAGAAAAUUGGAGAUAAUAAGGAGCUCUGCCUUAUAGCCAGCAUAAAAUGUAAGCAUAUAAUACAGCAGGCAUUGACUCUGCUUGGAAAGUCAGGCAAGGUGUUUAAGGUCCAGGGGAAGUCUGAGUACAAUGUGAGAAUACCAAGUGAUUCAGGCUAUAAAUGCUAUAUCUCAGGCAUAUGUGUUCUUCCCGAUGGACAGGUACUGGUUGUAGACUGGGAAAAUAAGAAUGUCAAGCUGCUGAACCAGCAGUACCAGGUGGUGAGUCACUGGGAUGUGAAUGCUGGGCCAGUUGACAUUUGUUUGAUCACACCCAGUGAGGUUGCAGUGACUGUGAAUGACCAUGAUAGCAAGAUACAUGAGGUCCAGUUUAUCACUGUCAACCAGGGAAAGCUUGUUCCUGGCAGGAAGUUUCAGUUACAACAUGAAUGUAGAGGUAUUACCCAUCAAAAUGGAGACCUUUUUGUCACCUCUGGUCAACAACUGUACAAAUACACGCUGAAUGGCAAACUGAUCUGCAGACUCUACCAAGAUAGAUCAGCUAAUUAUACAGUAGACAAGUGUGCUGUGAGUCCCACAGGAGACAGGCUGUACAUCACCGGCAGGUACCAUGACAAGCUUCUCACCCUGGCCGGGGAUGGCACACUCCUGGCUACAUACUCAGACCCAGCACUACGUGGCCCACUUGGUCUACAUGUGACCCCUGCAGGCCAGGUGCUGGUCUGUGGACAAUGGUCCAACACUGUACUACAGGUGGGCUGGGAGGGGAAGAGUAAGCUGGCUACUCUGGCUACUGAGAGGCAUGGAGUGUGGUACCCAGAGUCAGUCUGCUACAGCAGCACCACAUCAUCCAUCAUUGUGGGACUGUGGGAGGACAACAACAUCCUGGUGUUCAAAGUGGAAUAGUGUGUACAUUGGCUGCUGAGUCAGGACAACAAUGAUGAGGAUGUGGUGGACAAGAAUGACCUGAGUACGCAGAAGCAACUGCUCAGCACAGAAGAUGACUGUCUGAUGAAAAGGCUCAGCCGUAUCACAGUCCAGUGAUGAGGGGGGAUGAUGCGGUCGUUCCAUGUCUUAAGAUCACAUCAUGAAAGACAUUUUAGCUGACACUUGGAAGGGAGAGAACUGAAGAUCUGCAACAGCAUUGAGUUGUUUACCUGAAGUUACUGUUUAAUUAAUUUAGCUGACAUUAACAAGGGAGAGAACUUUUGAUCUGCACCAACAAUGAGUUGUUGCCCUUGUUGUUAUUAAGUUUAUGAAGCUGACACUAACAAGGGAUAUAACUGUAGAUCUGCACAAGCAGUGAGUUGUUGCCCUUGUUGCUAUUAAGUUUAUGAAGCUGACACUAACAAGGGAUAUAACUGUAGAUCUGCACAAGCAGUGAGCAUGAGCAUUGUUAUCGAGUUGACGUGGCAACAGCACCAGUCGGACCCCCAGGAGCCUCAGUCCAGGACAACCCUUCCCCUCCCAUGACCCAUCGCUCCACCCCUUUGACCUCCUGCCUCAAAGCUUCUUUGAACAAUACCAUUCUGCUGGAAUGUCUGAGCAAGUUGAGUUUUCACAAGCUGUUGUCAACAUCUGCCGUCUCUGUGUCGAUCGAUCAGCACUCGAGCCUGAGUAGUUUGUUAAGCUCCAGAGCCGAAAAAUAAAAAGUUGGAAACCUUGUUACAUGCUUUGUGGGACUAACAGAGCAACAGCAGUAAUAUGGGAGAAAAUCAAGAAACAGUUAAAGAGUGAAAAUUGGAAGCAUUAGCUAUCCACAGGGGCUACUUCUGAUUUCAAUAGUAGAAGCAUAAUGGACCAUCCUGAUUUGUCCUCUAAUGCGUCCAAAAUGUUCAAAACGAACGUGCUUUUUACGCAGUUGCUGACAAAAAAACUUUGUUAUGAACACUCAUAGCAUGAUGAAUACAUUGAGUGUGGUUCAGGCGCAAAUUCUGCCCAUCAUCAUUAACAAGGUGCUUAAGGUGCAUCCAUCAGGGUUGUUACAAGUACUUCACACUCCAAGACAAAACGGCCUCGCAUUGAAUAGACACUAGAUAAAGCUUGAAAAAUGACAGCAGUUUUGUUGUGUGGUCAAGUAUGCCCUUUGACUCUCAACCCGACAUAAGGUAGAACUCAAACCGGCCCUCAGCAAUAUCAGCAAGGCUAGCAGUUUUGUUGUUUGGUCCAGUAUGCCCUUUGACUCUCAACCCGACAUUAGGUAGAACUCAAACUCGGCCCUCAGCAAUAUCAGCGAGGCAAGCAUGUCAUCUCACCUUCUUCAGCCUCAGCAAACAGUAUUAGCCAACAAGACAAACCUCGUUGAAGUAAAUGUUGAUGGCAAUCCGCGCCCCCUUCUUUAACAAAUACUACAACUUGCUCAAGAAAUUAAGUACCAAGACGCCUUGCAUCAGCCUAGCACGCCACAUCUUCUCCAAUGUUGGCUACAGCAACACUUCAAAUCGCAGAGCCUUGAUGAGUCCGACUUUCAUCCCAUCGUUGAUGUUGCUUAGCAACGAUUCAAUGCUGGACAUGGACAACUUGUUCCAGACGAGUUGCUGAAGUGGAAAAGAUUUGUCAUUACACAGCAGAUAGAGCAGGCGUUAAGUGACUUUCUGUAAAUGUGACUGACCUCCAUAUGUUGCUCUGAAAUAAUGUGAACCUGACGCCUGAGGAGCAGUCUGUGAUUGACGCCAUUUAGCAGCAGCUGUUUACUGACAUACCCGAUUUUGGGUUUGUUGAAUUUGGCAUCUGGACUUGCAUCAUCUCUGUCUGUAUCCCAUUCAAAGAAGCAGCAACAUUAACAACAACAACAGAGCCUGUUCCUCCUGGUCCAGGACCUUUGGACAAAUGUUCAAAUAGUACUACCCACAGGAUGAAGCCACUCUGAAUCCGGGGCUCCAUACUUUCUUGGCCAGGGGCCAAGACUACCUCGUCAAUAAGCAGAGCACCAGCAUUGAUAUCGAGUUGGCCCAGCAACCGCACCAGUCCCGCCUGCAGGAGCCCCAGUCCAGAACGACCGUUCCCCUCCCUUGACUUCUAACUCCUCUCCCUUGACCGCCUGCCUCAAAAAGUCAGCAUCGUUGAACAACUCCGUUCUGCAGGAAAUUCUGAGCAUGAUUCUGUUCUGAACAAACGCAAUGCCCACGUCACGUUUUCCAAACAUAAGCCUGGGUAGUUUUGUUAAGCUAGAGUUCCGCGUGGGCCUGAAAGGGACAAGUGUUACAGACACGCAAAGUUAUAGCAGUAGUUAUGGGAACGCUAACAGUCAGUUGUUGCUGUUGGACAUCACAACAAAUAUCAUGAAGAAUAAAAAGUUCAAUAACUUGUUCCAAUCUUUAUGGGACAAACAGAAAUUGAACGGAAGAAAAUCAAGGAACAAUAAAAGCGUAAGCUUUCCUAGUGGGAUACAUCUGCUGCUGAUAGUUUGAACAACAGUAGGGUUACGGAUUGUCCUCUCAGCGGCCUGAAUAUCAUAAUAGAACGGACUUUUGGCAAUAUUUCUGACAAAGAAAGGUAAUAAUGACUUGGUUGUGAAUACCCAGAGCACGAUACAUCCAUGCUGACAAAGAACCCGGUAAUGACUUGGUUGUGAACACCCAGAGCGGGAUACAUCCAUGCUGACGCAGUAAGGCAGUAAUGACUUGGUUGUGAACACCCAGAGCACAAUACAUCCAUGCUGAUACAGAAAGGCAGUAAUGACUUGGUUGUGAACACCCAGAGCACAAUACAUACAUGCUGACACAGAAAGGCAGUAUGACUUGGCUGUGAACACAGAACACAAUACACCCAUGCUGACACAGAAAGGCAGUAAUGACUUGGUUGUGAACACCCAGAGCAAGAUAUUUCCAUGCUGACACAGAAAGGCAGUAAUGACUAUGCUGUGAACACCUUGAGCACAAUACAUCCAUGCUGACACAGAAAGGCAGUAAUGACUUGGUUGUGAACACCCAGAGCACGAUACAUCCAUGCUGACACAGAAAGGCAGUAUGACUUGGCUGUGAACACAGAACACAAUACACCCAUGCUGACACAGAAAGGCAGUAAUGACUUGGUUGUGAACACCCAGAGCAAGAUAUUUCCAUGCUGACACAGAAAGGCAGUAAUGACUAUGCUGUGAACACCUUGAGCAAGAUAUAUCCUUGCUAACUCAUAAAGGCAGUAAUAACUAUGCUGUGAACACCCGGAGCAUAAUACAUCCAUGCUGACACAGAAAGGCAGUAAUGACUAUGAUGUGAACACCCAGAGCAAGAUAUAUCUAUGCUGACACAGAAAGGCAGUAAUGACUAUGCUGUGAACACCCAGAGCACAAUACAUCCAUGCUGAAACAGAAAGGCAGUAAUGACUUGGUUGUGAACACAGAGCACAAUACAUCCUUGUUGACACAGAAAGGCAGUAAUGACUUUGCAGUGAACUCAGAGCACGAUACAUCAAUGCUGACACAGAAAGGCAGUAAUGACUUGGAUGUAAACACCCAGAGCACAAUACAUCCAUGAUUACACAGAAAGGCAGUAAAGACUUGGUUGUUAACACUAAGAUAUCCAUACAUCCAUGGGGUGUGCCACAGACGAAAAUUACGCCCACCAUUUUGAACAAGGUGCUUAAAGUGAACAUGUCUGGUUUUGUUAUGAGCACUUAGCACUCCGAGUCCAAAAGGCCUCACAUUGAAUUGAUGCAAGAGAAGGCUUUGAAAAAUAACAGCAGUUUUGUUGUGUGGUCCAGUACGCCCUUCGACUCGCAACCUGAAGAAAGCAGAACUCAAACUCGGCUCUUAGCAAUAUCAGCAAGGUCAGCAUGUCAUCUCAGCUUCUAGAGCUUCAGAGCCGGUUCCUACAGGACCCGAUGCACUGAUUAUGCACAUGUGACUCUUGUACGCAGCUGAAUAAAAGGCUCUCUGGUCAGCUGGACCCGGACGCCAAGGGACACUUCCUGCCCAAGUACCGUGAGGCAAAUGCUCAAUGAGUUCUACCUGAAGUGUGCAGCGUCUUUAGACCUGUGGCUCCAGACUGUCUUACCCAGGGGCCAAGAUUACUUUAUCAGCAAGAGGCCUUAUACUCACAGGUUCCCCAAAUACAACUCAGCCACAACAUCCUAAUCGGACAACUUGUCAAUCAACAUGGAACAGUACCCUGAAAAUCACGACCAUCUAAAGAACUGUGCAACUGUGCCAAGCGUGACCCUUUAGAGAAAGGGGCUUCCAUGCCGAAGGUCAAAUUGUGGCCGUUGUUCAGUGUCAAGCGGAAUCCUAGCAACCAAGCCACGUCAGCACAGCAGCAAAAACAGUUUCAGCAGCAGUCGUAUACUAAACAUCAACAACAGUGGUGCAUAUGCAUUAAACUACGAGAGUAAACAAGUUGACUGCGUAAUGUGGCAUCAAAGUCUGCAAGGAGAAACCAUGCAAUUGAAGAAGCCAAGAAACCAUGUGAUAAUUUCAAGCAGCUUACCUACUCUUGAAACCCGGAUAGCAAAGCAUUGAGAUUGUUCUGGAAGCAUUUGUAGUCACAGCUCAUUAAGCAUCCCCCUGAAGCAGGACCCUCAGUCUACGGACGCCAAUUGACGAAAUAAAACUUGUCAUUCAGCAACACAGCCAGUUGCAGCAGUUGUUACCAUAUUGACCCCAGUCAAAACUAGGAGCUCAGAGAUAGAUCAACACAGCCAGUUGCAGCAGUUGUUACCAUAUUGACCCUAGUCAAAACUAGGAGCAGCAGUUGUUACCAUAUUGACCCCAGUCAAAACGAGGAGCAGCAGUUGUUACCAUAUUGACCCCAGUCAAAACUAGGAGCUCAGAGAUAAAUACUGUUUAAGAUAGAUCAACACAGCCAGUUGCAGCAGUUGUUACCAUAUUGACCCCAGUCAAAACUAAGAGCUCAGAGAUAAAAGCUGUUUAAGAUAGAUCAACACAGCCAGUUGCAGCAGUUAUUACCAUAUUGACCCCCGUCAAAACUAGGAGCUCAGAGACAAUCAGCAACACAGCAAGUUGCAGCAGUUGUUACCAUAUUGACCCCAGUCAAAACUAGGAGCUCAGAGACAAUCAGCAACACAGCAAGUUGCAGCAGUUGUUACCAUAUUGACCCCAGUCAAAACUAGGAGCUCAGAGACAAUCAGCAACACAGCCAGUUGCAGCAGUUGUUACCAUAUUGACCCCAGUCAAAACUAGGAGCUCAGAGACAAUCAGCAACACAGCGAGUUGCAGCAGUUGUUACCGUAUGACCCCAGGCAAAACUAAGAGCUCAGAGACAAUCAGCAACACAGCCAGUUGCAGCAGUUGUUACCGUAUGACCCCAGUCAAAACUAGGAGCUCAGAGACAAUCAGCAACACAGCCAGUUGCAGCAGUUGUUACCGUAUGACCCCAGUCAAAACUAGGAGCUCAGAGACAAUCAGCAACACAGCAAGUUGCAGCAGUUGUUACCGUAUGACCCCAGUCAAAACUAAGAGCUCAGAGACAAUCAGCAACACAGCAAGUUGCAGCAGUUGUUACCAUAUUGACCCCAGUCAAAACUAAGAGCUCAGAGACAAUCAGCAACACAGCCAGUUGCAGCAGUUGUUACCAUAUUGACCCCAGUCAAAACUAGGAGCUCAGAGACAAUCAGCAACACAGCCAGUUGCAGCAGUUGUUACCAAAUUGACCCCAGUCAAAACUAGGAGCUCAGAGACAAUCAGCAACACAGCCAGUUGCAGCAGUUGUUACCAUAUUGACCCCAGUCAAAACUAGGAGCUCAGAGAUAAAUACUGUUUAAGAUAGAUAUUCUCUACAUUCCUCAUGGUAUGUUAAGCACAAACUCUGACAGAUCUCAUCUUUGAACUUUGUAACGGGCGAAAAAUAAAUGACCUUGUUCAGAAUGAAAUGGCAGAAUGACAAAGCACAACAAUUUAAGGGGAAACCAUAAAUUAAUGUGACCAGCAAAGAUGUGUUCAAAGCAAAACAAUAUGUCAUGUCUUUGGGGACUUUGAAUUUUGAUGGUGUCAUUCAUUAAACAUUGAAUAUUUUUGUUAAAUAUAGUUAAAUAUAAUGAUAUAAAGGAUAUUUGAUUAAGGCUUGUAUGUUAAUUAUUACUUUAAGCACAAAUAUAGCACGUCUAUCAAUUACUUAUGAAACUUGCACCUGAUAAUGAUAAAUGCAUGAAAAUUAAGACAUUAUUUCAUAUGUUGAGCUUAAGAAAAUUGAAAGCUGUUUAAAUUAUGCUGGUAACAUUAUAUACAAAAUAUGUAUUGGAUUAUAUUCAUGUAAAAAACAAGUUUCAGUUUUCUGUUGUUACAUGCAAUAUAGAAGUAUUAUCAAGAAUCGUGUUAAGUAUGGCACUAUUCGAAAUGAAUAUUCAUUAAAUAAAGACAAAAUCAUUUAAUCUUCUUUCAAUUGUCAAUUCUGUAUGUACUACUACUACCUUAUUUAUUUGACUUGAUAUGGUUUGUUAAAUUAUAAGAUAAUGCCUCUUUAUUUGGAAAGCUUUCAAUGUUUUGAAACUGAGUAUUUAAAAAUGAAUUAUUAAAAGAAUUAUGAAAAAUCAUGACUGAUGUCAAAGUUAUGUUUGAUUUUGCCAAUUUUGUGUUGAUAUUUAAUAUACAUGUACUUACAUGCUCAUAAGUGUUGACAUUUGUUUUUGAACAUAAUAGUUUUUUAUGUUUUAUAUCGUGUAUAUACACAUUUACAAGUCCAAAUUUUCAUCCUCUCAAUCACUCAGUAACUUUACCAACAAUAAAUGUUGGAUCUCUGUAUAUAGGUAAAUUGUGCAAUUGAUAUAUAGAGCAACUGCAACAAAUCAGUCAGUUACAAAUCAAGGCAGAGUGAUGUAAUAUGCUGGCAAUUGUUAAGUAGUGCAGUUGUCUCUUUUUGUUCUCAGGUUAGAGCAAUGUUGUUUGCUUCAAAAAUAAAAACACAGUCUCCCUUGUAAGAAAAUUAAUGUGUUCACAUCUCAACAUAACAAGUAAAUUCAUAGAGAAAAUCAAAUUAUUUACAUGAUAUACUCAACAAUUAGUCUAAUGGAAUUUGUAGAAUAAAAAAUAACAUGUAAUUAUGACGAUUAUAAGUGAAUGUUUGACACAAAAUGUCUCUUCAGAAAUGUGUAUAUUUUAAUGAUAAAUCUAUACAUUGUACUUGCUGUACUUUUUAUAGUAUAUUUUAUGAACGUGCAGCUGAUAAGUGAAUGUGACAAUUUACGAGUUAUGUUACAAUUUGUUACACGUUGACAUGGCCACAUAAGCUGUUAAUGGAGUGCAUUCACUGCGGCCAGUUUCCAGAAAUCUCCCAAUUAAAAAACACCAGAAAAUAUCUUAAGAUCAGAUAGUUUGGUUGUUGACAUUAGUUUUGAUUUAUUUAUUGAUUGUGUUAUGCCUUGUACUCUUAAUUUGUUAUCAAAUAUUUAAGUUUAUGUGACUUGAAGAGACUUACAUGUUUAUGUUAUUGAUGUGUUUGUGCUGAUUUCUUGCAUUCUGAUUAAAGAAUAUUCAAGUGGAAAAAGAAUAUUAUUAUGCAUUGAAAGUGUGUUGUGAUUUCAAAUAAAAUUACUAUGAAAAUAUAGUUGAUUGAUCACAAAGUUAUUACAAAGGUGAUCAAUUGCUUAUCAAGUGUAGGUGUUUGCAUACGGACAUAAUAUGUCUGUGCUUUAUAUGUAUAUAAUGUAGAUCCCCAUUUACCAGAACAUAUUUUGAUGUGCUUAAAUGAAAUUUAAUUAAAUUAAAUAUUUUGAUGUGCUUUUAUAGCCUGAUGAAAUUCGUGUUGACUAUGCGUUUUACAUUUUGCCAUUUUUAAUUAAAAACUGAAAAACAAAUGAAUUGUCAGUGUAAAUAAAUACUGUAUUGUUGUUCAAUCAGUUAAACUAUUUCACUGUUUUCAAGCAUAUGUUCAAAUUAUUUUCAUUUUUGUUCAAUCUUUAAGAUGCGACGCUUGUGUAAUUUACUCUAUGAAACUUAUAUAUACACAAAAAUGUAGUACAGAUGUAUAUCAAAUGACUGCUGUGGGCUUGUGGUCAACAGAAAACCAUGCUUUAAAUUGAAAAACCUUGUUAUAUGCCAUGUUUUUCAUUUAAUAAUAUUAAAAGCACUCUUGAAAUUGAACUUCUUUAAAAUAUGUUUUAUUGUUUUGUAAAAAUAUCUUAAGUUAUCUAUUCUAAAUUAUCUAUUCUUAUAUAAGAAAUACAAAUUAAAACUGGUUAUUGGAAAUAAGUCAAUUAAAAGUCAAGGGAUAAUGAUGUAAUGUACUUAAAAUUGUCAAAACUGCUAUUGUCUCUAUUUGUAUUCUAGAUAAGAUAUGUUAUAUCCUUAAACAAACAAAUACAAUGUUGUCUCCUUGUUGAAUAGAUUUUGUGUACCUCUGAACAUGUCAAGUCAUUUACUUUAAGUAUUUUAAAUUAGUUCUCACUAUCUGCACCCGUAAGUCACUCAUGAAUUUUGUGUUAUAAACAUUGGAUAAAUAUAUUUUUAUAUAAUCAAUUAUAAGAUAAGGUAAAAGGUGUAUGUGCGUUAUAAGUAAUAAACAUUGGAUAAAUAUAUUUUUAUAUAAUCGAUUAUAAGAUAAGGUGAAUAGUGUAUGUGCGUUAUAAGUAAUAAACAUUGGAUAAAUAUAUUUUUAUAUAAUCAAUUAUAAGAUAAGGUAAAAAGUGUAUGUGCGUUAUAAGUAAUAAACAUUGGAUAAAUAUAUUUUUAUAUAAUCGAUUAUAAGAUAAGGUGAAUAUUGUAUGUGCGUUAUAAGAAAUAAACAUUGGAUAAAUAUAUUUUUAUAUAAUCAAUUAUAAGAUAAGGUGAAUAGUGUAUGUGCGUUAUAAGUAAUAAACAUUGGAUAAAUAUAUUUUUAUAUAAUCGAUUAUAAGAUAAGGUAAAAAGUGUAUGUGCGUUAUAAGUAAUAAACAUUGGAUAAAUAUAUUUUUAUAUAAUCGAUUACAAGAUAAGGUGAAUAGUGUAUGUGCGUUAUUAAAUUCAUCAGGUAUGACCAUACUGUGCUACAAGUUUUGUAAUUGUGACUAUUAAAAGUACAUGAUCUGCAAAAAAUGUCACUUAAACAAAUGUGUAUAUGUUUAUCAUUAUUAAAUUCUUUCCAACUAGA